AUGGCCCAUGCCCCUCUGCUUCGAAAUAACACCGCUCCGGUCUUCCACCCCAACCAGAGCGGCGUCGGCGUCCUCUCACACAACAACAUGAACAGUGUGCCCCGCGGUAGCCAGCUGUCGGGGUCGACGGCGUAUACCAGUUCAUCGACGUCGCUGCAUUCACUGAGUAGUGCUGCAACCGUGGUUCCAGGGCAGAAUGGCGGAUCUGUCGUGGCCACGGCCAACAUCAUCAAUCAAAAGGCGGAUGCUUCGCGAUCGCUCUACCAGAUUUGUGUGUCUCUCAAACAACGAUUAAGUCAAGUACCCGGUUUUGGACCCUUUCUCGAGCAACUUGACCCUACCGAUCCUGUCGACCCCUUGUGGAAUCUGUUCCGGUCAGGGUAUCCCCUUCUCACAAUCUACAACUCGCUACAGCCCACAGAACCGCUCAAGGUGGAGGAUCCAAAUGCAUCAGAAGCGAAGAAGUCCAAGAUUGCCAUUUUCAAGUUUGUGCAGGCGUGUAUGAAGGAAUUGCAAGUCCCCCCCGCCCAGAGUUUUGUCAUUACAGAUUUGAUGGGAAACGAUACAAGCGGUUUCGUCAAGGUUACGCAGGUCGUCAACUACGUGCUUGAUCUCGCAGAGCAACGUGGCCUAUUGCUACAGCUUCAACCUUAUCCCGAGGACGAGCCUGUCGUCGCAACAGGGGGCGCGCAAAUGAGCUACAGGGAUCACAUUGUCAAAGAACUGGUUGAUACCGAGCGAAAAUAUGUCCAGGACCUGGAAAACUUGCACGACCUGAAAAAGACGUUGGAACAAAAGGGACUAAUCCCAGGAGAUGUUGUGCACCAAAUCUUUCUGAACAUCAACGCGAUUCUCGAUUUUCAGCGACGAUUUCUCAUUCGAGUCGAAACAACAAACUCCUUGCCAAAGGCCGUCCAGCGAUGGGGUGCCCCGUUUUGUUUCUACGAAGAUGCCUUUGACAUCUACCAGCCCUUUAUCGCCAAUCAGCGCAAGGCUGCUCAAAUCGCCAACCAAGUUUUCGAGAAAAUUCAACAAUCAGAGCACCCUGUUGCCGCAGACUUCAACACACUGGACGGAUUUUUGCUAAAACCUAUGCAGCGGUUGGUGAAAUAUCCAUUGUUGCUCAAGGACCUCGCCAAAAAGUCGGAAGACGAGGAAGUCAAAGACGAUCUAAACACUGGGUGUGAAGCCGCGGAACGAGUUUUACUCAAAGCCAACGAAGCCGUAAACCGGGACCUUCUUGAUGAAGCACUGGAGGAACUCAUCACUCGGGUAGACGAUUGGAAGUCACAUAAAGUGGAAUCAUUCGGCAAGCUACUCCUGCACGGUGUGUAUGGUGUCAUUACUGGCAAGAGUGAUCAAGAGAAGGAUGAAGCCUCCGGCAAGAAAGACAAGACGCGAUCCACGGGUCCCAAAAUCAGGAAUAAGAACGCAAAGCUCCAGCUCAAGGGCAGAAUCUUCAUGACUAAUGUGACUGACAUUGUGUCCCUUUCAAAACCUGGUUCUCACAGCGUUCAGAUUUGGUGGAAGGGUGACCCUGGCGUCGAGAAUUUCACGAUCAAGUUCCUUAAUGAGGAGACAAUGAGGAAAUGGGCGGGCGGAUUAGAGAUGCAGAGGAAGGAAAAUGCGCCACGGCUCUCCACCAGCCAAGAAUGCAUCAACAACGACUUUGCAUGGACCAGGGACCAAGCCGGCGGCCUCGAGAACCCCUAUUUACAGCAGGACGAAGAAGAUGACGAAGACUAUGGACCAGCAACGGCGCCGGCACAGUUUCCAAUGCCUGCAUCGAUGGGCACCGCUGUGCCUCGCACCUCUUCAAGCUCCAGUCUGAGACAACGUUCUGCCACAGGGGAGAGCACACAAUCCCUUGCAGGCAUCGCAAGAGCUCCACCGCCGCGUUUCCCAUUGCCUAUGCCGCCCGCUCCCCUCAAUCUGCAGACCCAAACCAAUGGCGCCCAAUCUCCCGGCUCGAGGGGAGGAGACAGCUACUUCUCCCCAGUGGCCGAGUCUCCAGCGUCUUCUCGUACAAGCACCACGAGCGGCAUCUUCCCUGGGCCUGCUUAUCAGUUCCCUCCCAAGGCUGGCACACCACAGGCCGUUUGGGACGACCCGCGUUAUUCUCCAUCCAUGCCACGGGCCCCAUCACGAGAUGGUUCCUCCCCCAAUCCGAUGGGCAUGGGUAGCAGAACCGCUCGUGGACCGUCUCUGCCCGCUAUGGCCACGCAUAGUCAAACUGCGGCUCAGCAACAAAGAAGUAGGUCUUACAGCACACCGGAUGUGAAUGUUGCAGGUAUCCCUCGACAUCGUCAACCGAGCCAGAGCAAUAUUCCAGCCGUACCUGGCAUUCCUCAGCACUUACACCCAGCGCAUGACGGCAACAUCCCUCGAUCGCAAACAGGCUCGCCUCGCAAUGAUUUACCAAUUCGAACCAGCACACAAAGCCCCGGAGCCCAUCGUGAGCGAAUGCACCAGCACUCGGGAAGCCUCGGGGGUACGAUGUCUCAUUUUCCUCCUCAACCACCCUAUCCGCGUGGAAACACACCCAUCGGCGGCAACGGGUUGCGAGUCGACUCUGCCACUGCGAAUUCACGCAACGUGUCCCCAUCCCUCGGCACCGGGACGCUCCCUCCGACUGGCAACUCCGUGGCAAGCCCAGAUUUGCCCAUGCCCACGCAGUUGAAAGUUAGGGUCAACUGUGAUAGCGGAAAUUAUGUGACGCUUGUGGUUGCAUUUAAUAUCACGUAUCAAUCCUUGAUUGAUCGAAUUGACGCUAAACUUUCACGAUUCAUGACGAGCAGCAUUGGCAAGGGUAUGCUGAAGCUCCGGUACCGUGAUGAAGAUGGCGACUUUGUCACCAUUGAAAGCGAUGACGAUAUUCAGAUUGCCUUUAUGGAGUGGCGCGAGGGAGCUCGAAACAUGUAUUCUGGUGGCGUUGGAGAGAUAGAGCUCUUUUGUCUUGGAGAAGGCCAAUGA